UACAUGGUCUUCAACAGAUAGAGCUCCACAAAGCAUAGCAGAAAGAAGCAAAGGGGGAAGGGAGUGAGUGAGCAAUGGACAUCACUGCCCUCAAAUCCCUAAACAUUCCAACCGUUCUUCACUUUCCAUCCAAACUCUCUCCUUUUCGCCCAUUCACUUUCUUUCACUUCAAACCUUUUUCCACUCCUCGUCUCUCCCCGCUAUGCUCUCUCGAUGGGUCGGCUAAGGUAACAAGCAAGGAAGGUGCUUUGCCUCGUGGCGUUGGAGAGGCAGUGAAUGGAGCAUCACGCUCCAAGGUUCUUCAGGUUGUGCUUGUCUCCCCUCAGAUUCCAGGAAACACAGGGUGCAUUGCUAGAACAUGUGCAGCGUCAGCUGUUGGACUACACUUAGUUGGGCCAUUAGGAUAUCAGGUGGAUGACACUAAACUAAAGCGUGCUGGAUUGGAUUACUGGCCAUAUGUGGUUGUUAAAAUUCAUGAUUCUUGGGAAGAUUUUCGUGAAUAUUUUAGACAACAGGAGGGUGAAAAACGGUUGCUAGCAUUUACAAAGAGGGGAACAAAAAUUCAUUCUGAUUUUUCCUACAGAAAAGGUGAUUAUCUUUUAUUUGGUUCUGAAACUAGUGGCCUGCCUCCUGAAGCCUUGUUAGACUGCAAAACUGAACCAUUUGGUGGAGGAACUAUCAGGAUCCCUAUGGUUGAGACUCAUGUCAGAUGUUUGAAUCUGUCUGUAAGUGUUGGCAUAGCUUUGUAUGAAGCCUCUAGACAACUAAAUUAUGAGUCUCUUCAGGUACCUUCAGAAAGCUGUAUUGAUACUGCCGAGGAAUCAUUUAUUACUGAAGACAUUUUUGCUUGAUUAUCAUAAAUAUUCUAUUUUGACACAAAAGGGGGGAAGGGGGUUGUCAUAUUCCUAGUUAAAUGAGAUGGAAAAUGUCUAUUUCAGAUUCAGAAGUUAAUACCAAAUCUGCACCUAAUUCCACACACAA